AUGACUUGGGCUUCGCCCAAAGCUUCCAUUUCAAUGACUCACUAUCCGAAAGCUCUUUCAUGGAUUGUAGUUUCGGUGGUGGGAUUGGCUUUGUUCCUACUUUUUGCUUCCUGGGUUUUAGUGACUUACCCAAUUGGUUCCACGGUUAGCUGGUAUUUCUAUGGUGUUGAUAGUUUGCAGAAAUUGGAUUAUUCGAGCUCUAUAGGCAGUCAAACUUCUUACGAUUCUCCCCUUCCUAACAAUGUAGAUAAUUUCAAUAAGAAUGUGAAAUCUGAGUCUAAUAUAGAAGUUCCCGAGAGUUCAGAUGGUGCACAUACAAAACUGGUUGAUAAGGAUUUACCCUCUGAUUCCAAUUCACAAGUUCCCACGAGUUCCGAUGGUUCAGUGGUUGUUUCAGAAACUAAAGAUAUCAAAGAUCUAGCAGCUCUGCAGGCGAAUUUAUCUGGUCCAUCAGUUAUCGAAAAUGUUGCAUCAUUAGAAUCAGCUGGUCCAUCAGUGCCUGCCGGUUCAACAGGCUCUUCGAUUGAUGACAAUAUGAAAAUAACUGAUAAGAAUUUGUCAUAUGAGUCCAAUCCCCAGCUGUCCUCAAGUUCGGUUGGUCCGUCAAUAGUUUCAGAAACCAAGGAGACAAAGGAUAUAGCAGAACCUGCUCUUGGACCGUCUAAUAGCUCAAUGCAAGAAGAUGGGGCCAAGGUUGUUUCUGGUUCGUCCAAUGUUACAGAAAUUGAUGAAACUGGAAAACCUGUUUCUGUGGCUCUUUUCAACAACUCAAACUUCUUACAGAUCGAGCCAAAUGAUUUUGUUUCAGAUCCUUCUAAUUCCAAAUCUGGAAGCAUGCCAGCUUAUUCUCCUCUGCCCAGCAAUGCAAGAACUGGUGGUUCGGUUGAUUCAGGCUGUGAUCUAUACAGUGGAAGUUGGAUUUAUGAUUCAUCAGGACCAUUGUACACGAACAAUACAUGCCCUGUCCUGACACAGAUGCAAAAUUGCCAGGGAAAUGGGAGACCUGACAAGGAGUAUGAAAAUUGGCGAUGGAAGCCCCUUGAGUGUGACCUGCCACGUUUUGAUGCCAGGAAAUUUCUAGAGUUGAUGAGGGGGAAGACAAUAGCUUUCAUUGGUGAUUCAGUUGCUCGAAACCAUAUGGAAUCAUUGUUGUGCAUUCUCUGGCAGGUAGAAGUUCCAAAAAAUCGGGGCAACAAGAGAAUGCAACGAUUUUUCUUCAAGUCGACAUCUACGUUUGUAGUCCGGAUUUGGUCCUCGUGGCUUGUCAAGCAAACAUCUGAGGCAUUUGAUUUUGCUCCAGAGGGUGUGGCAAAGCUCCACCUUGAUGCCCCUGAUGACCGCUUCAUGGAUCUCAUCCCACAGUUUGAUGUGAUUAUUUUCUCUUCUGGCCAUUGGUUUGCCAAGCAGUCUGUCUAUGUCUUAAACAAUGAGAUUGUGGGAGGGCAGUUGUGGUGGCCAGACAAAUCCAGGCCUAUGAAGAUCAACAAUAUUGAUGCAUUUGGAAUAUCCGUUGAGACAAUUCUCAGGGCUGUUGCAACACAUCCAAACUAUACAGGGAUUGCCAUUGUUCGUUCCUAUUCACCUGACCAUUAUGAGGGUGGGGCUUGGAAUACAGGCGGAUCAUGCACGGGGAAGGUAAGGCCUCUUGCAAUUGGUGAAGUAGUGGAAAAUGGCUUCACAAAUAUAAUGCACCAAAAACAGAUUAUGGGUUUUAACCGCGCAAUUGAGAAAGGAGUGACAAACAAAUCGAAGUUGAAAUUGAUGGAUAUCACUAAACCUUUUGAGUACCGCCAUGAUGGGCAUCCGGGCCCUUACAGAAGCCCGGACCCAAAUAAGAAAACACAACGUAGCCCUGAUGGAAGGCCUCCACCGCAGGAUUGCUUACACUGGUGCAUGCCAGGUCCGGUUGAUACAUGGAACGAAUUUGUGCUCGAAAUCAUAAGGAGAGAAUAUGAGGGCAGCAACAACUCUUCCACAUGA